GGAUCGGGUGAGCCAGCACUGGGUCCAUUCACGAUUUCUGAAUGGUUGACAGAUUCCGCUGUGUGCAACACCUGUCCAAGAUGACGAAACUGCCAAGAGAAACUGCCUAUUUGAUGUUCAUGUAGCCAGGUAGGGCGAAUCUUGACAGCUUCUACAAGCUUCUCACAUGCCAACACUGGACAACAGUAGACACAGCACAAGACCCUGUCGAAUGUGGCCCGCAAGUCUGUCGAAAAGGUGCUGUUGAAGAUCUGAUGGUCGUGCGCCGCUGAGAAGCAAAGUCACGUCCGGACCUGGGAGGUGCCUUAGGAAAAGAUCCACCCUGGGAUGGCCAGACCAUGGAUACCUACCAAUAUGGGCAGGAGAUGACAUUGUCAUUGAUAACUCCUAAACCAUGUUUUCAAGUUCCUUUCUUUGUGACAAUUACAGAGUGAAUAACGUUUCUGGUUCAGAUGUUAUGAUAAGCUGUCAUUUUGUGACCCCAGCACGUGACUUUUUAUGGAAUGCCAUGACAGGUCGAAGAUGAUACUCGACAGAGCCUCUUCCAAAAACAGGCAUCCUUCUCGAUCUUACGUGUCCAUGUGCCGCAGUACCUGGCCUGUGCCUGUUGCGAAUCACGUUCCGAAACACACCAUCCGUGUGGCGCUAGAACCCUACAAUGAUGCAGGUUCGCUAGUCGGAGAGUUUUUGCCGAUUUGCUCACCGCACACAGUUGUGUUCAGUGGCAUGACUUUCGGCAGAAUACUCUGGCUUUUUUCGGGGCGGAGGGGGAUAAGAAAACAUAGUUUUCAGCUAAUACCGUGUUAUAGGCCGUAGAUGUUUUAUGCAUGACUGUGGUUCGCCUUCUGAGAAUCACGCACGGGUCUGGUAACGUCACUCGGGCUGAGCUGCGUAGCUCUCUUUCCAGGCUUGGCAUGGCUGUACUGUAGCACCACACACAGGAAUAGUGCUGCUGUGGAUUUCAAGUUCAUGCACGGCACACAACGUUCUCAUCUCUCAAGUACGUGGGCAGCGUGUUACUGGCCAUUGGUGGUGUGUGCGGUGGCACUGGAGAGCAAAACUCCAAUUUUCCACGCGCAACCAGUGCACUCUCACAGUAAGCUGGAGAUCGCCGCGGGAUCUGCUGGCAUAUGUCUCUAGUCCAGGUCCCAUUUGCUGCUUGUUGAAGGGGAUUUGUGGAAUGAAUGAAUGAAAAACAGCGGCACAGACAUCAGCGUGAAGUUUGGGUGGAACGACUGUUCUUGGAUACGCGCUAGCCAUGCUAGUCAUCGGACAUUCUCACAAAUAACGUGCGAGGGGACUGAUUUCGUCGCAGCUACUGAACCACGAUACGCCGUCGAAAUGGUAAUGCUAUUCCUCUCCACACAAAGUGAAGGUACGCGAGAGAGAGAAAAGGUGACUCCCGACCGGGUCGUCUAGCGUAUUGCCGGGUUACGACUCGAUCCGUCCAGUCGGCGCACAACCAGCGACGACGACCGGUUGGACACAGCGCGCACCGCGACUAGUCCAACCAGCUCGUCAGCUGUCCUGCUUAUAUUUUCACACGUCGCAUCAUCGCUAUCACUCAGCACCGUUCCGACAAGCUGGCCGUCAUGUUGGACGCGCGCCGUAGUAGCGCAAGUAGCGCAUCGGAAACUCUCCGGGAAAUGCUGCGACCGAAAAAACCGAGAGCGAUGAUGGCAAAGCAGGAGUUUACGAUCACGAUCGACGAGGCGGUUGAACUUCUUGCCGCACACCGCAACUGUCGCAUGUGUCGCCCAUACCAUCCGUGCCGGGACUUCCAUUGUGCCAGGGCAUUGAAGCUACUCGCUUCAGAGGUAGUUGACUUCUCUAGAGACCUACCGUCUCACUGCCGUCUGUCCGAUCUCGCUGCUAUACGUUCGUUGCCAGUACAGCUGUCGCUUUGUCUGUCUGGAGUCGCUGAUGGUCAUAUAGGCGUGUGUAAUCGUUCAGGUCGCUUGCAACCGGAGCAGUGGUUUGGGCCGUACAGGGGCAAGCAGAUAGGCCAUGCCGAUGUGUACCAGAUGCCCGUGAGCCAGGACGAGUACCUCUGGGAGAUCUUCGAGGGCCGACGCAUCUCUCACUACCUGGAUGGGUCGGAUCCGAACGUGGCGAACUGGAUGCGCUUCGUGCGGUGCGCGCCGACGCAGCGGGAUGCCAGCAUGUUGGCAAUCCAGUUCGAGCGCGAGAUCCACUACCAGGUGACGCGUCCUGUGGACGCUGGCGAGGAGCUCACCGUCUGGUACGCACCCGACUGCUAUCACAGUGUUCACGGAGUGCCCGCCGGUCUAAAAACACACACCUAUGAUAGGAGAAGAGGCUCUGAACCGAAACUUCAUCGACCCACUCAUAUAGCCGUUGCCACGGCAACGACGCCCGUGCUGGAGUACCGCGCGCAGUCCAUGUACACGGUGGCGGCGCCGCCUCCUCAUCACCAUGGCACCAUGAUUGGAGCGGCGCGCGCCCCGCCGCCCGGCCAGCACGUUGUCAUGGUGCAGCAGCCGGACCCGUCCGGUGGCGGCCUGAUCGUGACGCCUGCCCCGCAGUUGCAGGCCGCGCCGACGCAGUACAUCGUGCACCAUCAGCCCCCGCCGCCACCACAGGGCAUACCCGUAGGAUAUCCCGCACCGCCCGGGCAACCAAUGCCACCGGGCGCGGAGCGGAUGCAGCUGGCUGUGGCGCGUGGAGGAUUGGACAUGAGUAGACGUCAUUGUCAUCGCUGGGAAUGUAGCCAGUGCGAAGAGGUGUUCGGACAGCGACUCAACAUGGAGAAACACGUUUGCCGCUGUGGAGAAAUCGAGAAACCCUACCGCUGCAUGAUGUGUGGUAUGGGCUUCAGUAACGGACAGUUUCUGCAAGGCCAUGUGUCCAAUGAGUGUCCGCGAGCGGUGGACGGACCUCAGGAGAAACCAUACGCGUGCGAGUACUGCAGGAAACCGUUCACCGGUACAACAACGCUGAUGAAUCACAUCCGCACGCACUACGAGGGGCAGUCGAAGCGCUGUGAGCAGUGUAGCGAGGAGUUCAAGACCUUUGCCUUGCUCAACCGCCACGUCUGCAAAGCGCAGAACGCAAACGCCAACGCGGCCGCAGUGGCCAACGCAGCGGACGUGGCCAACGACGGCGAGGAGGACUCUGAAGACGACAGCAGUUCUGGCAGCGAGGCCGGCGACGAGGAAGAGGGGGUGCAAGCCGCAGACCCCCGGCAUAUCAAGCACUCGCCGAUGGACACCGGCGGACGACGGAGCUCAGACAGUGGCGGUGACACGCGGCACUCGGCCACGAGCUCCUCGCACACGGACAGCUCGCAGCACCAGCACCACCAGCAGCAGCAGCAGCCGUUCCUGGCGCCUUCAGCGCACGCUCGCUAUCACCCUGCGGCGCCGGUGGUGUCGGGUCAGCACCAUACGUCACCGGGGUCACACCACCACCACCAGCACCACCACCACCAUCAUCGGCAGCAGCACCAUGCCGAUGCGAUCGCGAACGCCAGCACUGGCAUACCAAUGCACUCGCCGCCAGCGCACGUCAGCCUGGCUCUCCACGGCCCGCCACCGCCACCGCCACCAACACAUACAGCAGCGGCGGCGGCCGCGGGGACAGGCGAACAAUCUCACAUGCAUGCAAGUAGCCAGCAGCAUGCCAUGCACUCUCCACCGGCAGCUGAAGCACACGGACCAGCGACAACAACACCGACAACAACGGCAGCGGCAGCAGCAGCGGCGGCAGUCGGUUAUAGAGCAGUAGCUGCCCCACCAGCUCACAGCUACCACCAUCCACAGUACGGAUCAGCACAGCAGCAGCAUCCCCCGCACCUACACCACCAAGCGCACAUGCAAGGCCACUCGCAGGCUCUGGCUCAUAUCCGCGACGAGGCCAGCUCCAGUUCCACUUCCGGAUCGUCGAGCGGCUCGAAUUCCGACCGGGGCACGCCGGGAAACGCCUCUUCGUCGUACGAUGACCAGCCAACGUCGUGAUUACAUUCGCUGAGCGUGGUGACACUGUCAACUGCAGUGUACAUGCGUGAACCCGACGUACAUCCAACGACCAGUAUGUUGUGUGUAUCUGCUGCGAGACAGAUUGCAGGGGUAUCCAUGUGUGUCUACGAGGUUACCAUGGUGAUGCCGCUUCCUGUUCGACCCGUUGGGGUUGUGCAGUCGGUCGGUACGCUGCCUUCAUCCCAGUCCAGCGGUGUCGACAAUCACAUACUGCGGAUCAUCUUGUGGAACUCGGCACCAGGACCAGCGGGGUGGUGGGUAAGUAGUGUGCUGGGUUUCAGUGCUGGCGCCCCGCCUCGAGGUGUAGCGCCACGGGUAGUAUGCCAAAAGACAGUGCGCGUGAACCAGAUGGGUUCAGGUACGGAGCACAAAGCUGCCACCUCUCAGGUGGACAUGUCGUGUGUAAUUUGCUUAGUCGCCCUAACGUGUAACAUGCAGAUUCAAGCAUGCGGACGCGUAAUCCACUUGCUUCAGCAAUGCUUGUGAUGCUGCUGCUGCUGAUGUGUAUUCUAUCAGAUCUUACAACAAUUCGCCAACAUUACAAUAGAUUUUAGCCUUA